AUGAACGAUAACGCAUGGAGUAAUAAAUGGAACACAUGGUUUGGAUCUUCAAACAAAAAAGUUAGUGGUAUAUAUAAUAAUUGGAGAGAUAAUAGUGGAUCAAACAAAAAAGCUCAAGAGGAUAGUGCCGAGUUAGCCAGAUGGGAGGAAGAAAAUCGGCGAUUUGAAAAACAAAAGAAUGAAGCAAGAGAAAAAAGAAAAAGAGAAGAAGAACAAGAAGAACGCCAGUUUAAGGAAUCUCUGAAACUACUAGAUGAGUCUAGAAGGGAGAAAGAGAGGAAAUUACAGGAACUUCUUUUGCGUCAAAAAGAAGAGGCAGAAGAGGAAGCUUUGAGAAGAUUAGCAAACGAUAGUGAAAUAGAACAAAAACUGGAGAAGAUAAGAUAUGAAAAUGAACAGAAAGCACUUCAGAAUGAUCAUGAGAAUAGCAUACAGUUGCAAUUGCUCAAAGACGGCGGACAAAAAGAACGGCAAGAAAUUGAGGAUCGGAGAAUAAAAGAAAAAAAUGAGCAUGAAAAGAGAAUUAAGGAACAAGACAAUCAGUUCAUUGAGAAUCAACGCCAGCACGAGAUUGAAGAAAAUGAAAGAAAAAUGGAGUUCGAGCGUAAACAAGCUGAACACGAAGAAAAACUUCAACAAAUAAGGGAGAAAGAGAGGAAAUUACAGGAACUUCUUUUGCGUCAAAAAGAAGAGGCAGAAGAGGAAGCUUUGAGAAGAUUAGCAAACGAUAGUGAAAUAGAACAAAAACUGGAGAAGAUAAGAUAUGAAAAUGAACAACAAGCACGUCAGAAGGAUAAUGAACAACGUCUAAUGAGAAAACAGUACAAGAUCCAUCAUGAAAAUGCAAAACUUGUGAAAACAUUAGAGAAUAAUAUCAAGAACCUUUUGAUGCAAAUUACCAACGAGAAUGCAAAAGAGGCUUUUUCAAGCUUUCAUCUUAUUGUGGAAUCUUUUUACUCUAUACAGACUUCUCUGGGACGGAUUAAAGCUGAGUGCAUUCUACCAAACGAUGAAAUACCUCAAGUUGAUCCAGGCGUGUUGAAUCCAGAAUUUGAUCAAAUACUCUUUGAGACAACUCUCUUUGAUCAACGUCACAAAUCUUUUCAUCAAGUUAUUGUCAGCAAUAAUCAUACUGAUCCCAAUUUUUAUGAAGUUUGCGCUAGUUAUAUAAGACAAAUGGAUACUCUCGUCAGUAGUCCUGAUUUGAAACUGGUUUGCGCUCAUCUACCUAGAGCAAUCGAUGAUGGAAUUCCGAGCAAAGUCAAUACCUAUGGAAAGCUACUUGAUGGAUUGAGUAAUGAAUUCUUACAAUUGAGGCACAGUUUAACUAACGGUGUACAUCACUUGGUUGCGAAGUACAUUAGCAACUCCGCCGCACAUAAAUCUAUUAAAUAA